AUGCGGGCAUCGAAGGCAGGUGGCUUAUGUAACGCACUCUCCGAAUACCUCUUUCCGCGGUGCCUGCCUCAUUACCAAGGGAGGGCGGGGGGGUGGGCAAUUCCUUACAGAGAGGCAACCUGCAUUGAGAGCCUACCUAUCUACAACGAAUUCCCUUCAUGCCGAGUCUGCGAUACUUGCUACCAAAAGAACCUCCUUUGUUCAUCGAAAUGGUAUCCGUCUGGUAUCCGUCCAGGACGAUACAUCGUCGACUUUGCUCGGACUACCUCACGAAGCAAUUUUCCAUCUGUGUCCGUGACAGAAGCGCACCCUGUUCCUCACACUCUACUCGCACUAAUCUGCCAGGCUACGUCCGUAUGGAGGAGAGAUCCGCUUCUCUCCCCAUUUUCCACUGCCUAUGAUCAAGAUCGCGCAAAGCCGUCGUCAAUGCCAACGACACCAACCGAAGGCAAAGCACCAAACACUCGGUCAAAGUCUUGGAACCAGCCACGCCUCUUGACUGGACCAAACCUUCAGCACCUACCUGGAAUGGUAUUUCCUUGCUAUCCAAGCCCUGUCGAUAAUCCAACACCUACCCCGUAUGAGACGACGAGUUUUGUUCUAGGUGUUAUCACAUUGGCCUCGCCCUCUUGUCGCUUUGCCGCCAAAAGACAUUUCGGAGGCUACGCUUCCUGCUCUCCACUCCAUAUGACUUUGAAUAUGGCAAUGUGCAGUACUGUCUCUGAGUCUAGCUCCUCUGGAUCUCUGGAGUUUCGCAUGUACGCAUCAAACCAUGCAACUACAGCUUGGUCUAAUCACCCUGGCGAGAUGCUCACUGCACAAGAAGUCCAAAAGGGCUUCAUCCGACACCAAAAGUCUUGGUUAACGCCCACCGAGGCCCGCUCGGAGCAUCACGCCUGGAUACAGAAGAGAACCAUGGAAUAG